UAAAUACUCCUAUAAAAUUUUAUACCAAUCAAAUAUCAUCGAUAAUCGACGUUGUUCACGCUCGAAAAUAUUUUAUAAAUUUUUCGCUCAAUAUUUUACUUUCAGCACAAGGAAUACGUAACGAUUCCAUAAUUCCUAAGCGUGUCUUCUUAUUGCGUGUUCAUGGGCUCCUGCUGCUUAUGCGGAAAGGGAGCGGCUCAGCUUCCCACCUUUUGUUCCUCAGCUGGCUGAUCGGAGUUUGAAUCAUGAUCUAUUCAAAUGACGUGAUGACGCUACAUUGGUGGAUGCACUGGUUUUGGGUUACGAUACAGAUAACCGUCAUCUUGGCCAAUCCUCUACCCUCGACCACUGAACAACCACGUGACGGAGCCAACAAUCAAAAAUACCUUCAAAGCACGACGGGGAAUCCCCUAUCGAGCUCAGAGGAUUCCUACGUUACGUCCACCUCUGCUAGACAGAACCUUAGAGUGGCCAAGGCGAUUGGAGUAAAUCCGCAAUUCAGUACGGAUACUCAAUCUAAAGAAGCUUCUGUAAAUGCCUCCGUGGAGACUUCCGGAAAUGCUACUGGUCUUGAGAAUUUCACUAGGAAUUCUAAUACGACGAGUUCAUCCAGAACGAACUUGACUAUCGACCAGAAUGAAAGAACCGGAAGUCGCGUGGUACCGGCUAAGAAGGACAGUAGGAUCACCUGGAUAUUCACGUCGAACAAGACCAGCAGGGCUAAGCUUGAUGAUGGAAAUUCCAGCUCCUUAUCCAGCACGGGCGAUAAUCAAGAUCUUACGGUGCUACCACUUCACGAGGAGACCACGAGGUUCAAACUGGUACUCAACAAGACCAGGAACUUAUCCGGGGAUGGUUUGACCGCUCGAUUCAAUACGUCUGAGGAUGUUGAAAUCGACGAGGAGACGGCUGAGCAAAGUGUCAUGGCUACUGCAGCCUCUGUCCUUCAAGCCAGCGUCAGUGAAUCCACCAGACUCAGCAGGGCUCGCAGUGCUUUCACGAGUGACUUUCAACGUGAUACCGAGCCCAAUCAACCAUCUGAAAACAAUAGCAGCAUCAAUUCUGGGUCAGGGAGUACUUCGGCGGUUGACAUCGCCGCCAUUACUGGAUCCUGUUUAGCCACUGUGGUCCUUCUGAGUACCAUGGGUAGCCUUGGUUUCAUUAUGUACAGACGAAGGUACCUCAAUCCACCUCAAACGUUAAAUAGCGACAAGUGCAGCAAUCCGGACAGUUCUGGUUACAUAGAUGACUCCACUAUACGGGACAACUCCGAGGAAAUGUACAGCCUGGAUAACGACUCGUUCCUGAAUUCACUGGAAGCGAUGACAAUACAGAAUUAUUGGACGGACAGCGUGAAGCAUACGAAACUGUGACGUCUCAGAGACUCUGCACGGAGAAUUCCUAAUAGUUAUGAAAGAAAAAAGCGCGCGAAAAAGACGUAAUUUAAAUCAAUAAGGAAAACAUCGUACGGGUCACUCUGACGGAUUUUCUUCGAGUGAACGAAAGACGAGAAGAAAAAAAUUAUUAACUAAGAAAAAAAUCUUCAACGUCGUGGAGAUUUUUAAAUUAGGUUUUAUUAUUUUUCUUAGAAAAAAAAAGUACCGUCUCCACAUUGCGGAGACGUCAUUCCGGGAAUUAGUAUUUAACAAUGGAUCUAGUGCAAUAGUGCGACGAUAGUUCGAUGUACUUUAUAACGGUACAAUGUAAUAAUGGGCGGGCAAAAACUUAGAGCGAUAAGUACAAAAUAAGACUUUUAGAAGUUUAGAGAAAUAGUAUUCGAGAUACGACGUACGAGUGAUGGAAGAAGGAAAGAAAAAAAAAUUGAAAAAUUAAUUGAAAAGAAUGGGGAAAAAAAUGUUGAAAGAGGGAGAUAAUACGGAUGGAUAAUGAUCCAGGAGUAAAUACUAGGGAUGUGUUCCAUAAACGACUGUAUUUAUGUGUAUCGAAUUAGAUACGAUAAUCGAUCGGUGCAAACGAUAAUUCUUCAUCUCGAAUAUCGCACGAGAUUUUAGGAUGACGUUUUAACCUUAUCAAAUUCUAUAUGUAAUCAGUGACCCAAUCCCUCCCUCUUUCUUUGACGAUACACAUGAAAAUAUUUCCAAGCAUAUUCUAUUUAAAAUGAAUUUUUUUCCCAAGUCUUAAAUCCACCGAUUUAUAUAGAUUCAGUUUAUUAUAGUCAAUUAGCCUAUUAUUGGUAUAGCUACGUUUCAACUGGAGGAAUGGUCUUCCUUUGUCGCCGAUAAAAUAAUAAUUGGACCAAAAUUAAUGAAGAAAAAAAUACUUAGCGUAGCUUUUAACGCCUUUGAGAACAUAUCCAGCUGAAGCGAAAGGAGGCUCUUCCGCACGGCUCCGUUUCAAGUAUUUACAAUAGCCUUCGAUUUACAAGCUCUUUUUUACAUCAGUAGGGUGCAAAUAUUGUAAAAAAUUAUCUCGGUCAAUGGAAAACGGUCGAUAAUCGUGAUGCUGGAAUAAAAUUACGUUGUCGACUUUUUUUGUUAUUGGCGACCUGACAUUGGGAUUUUGUGUUCUCGAAAAUUUUGCACUUGUAAAUUUUCUGCUAUCCUUAAGUGACGCACCGCGUGAGACUUUUACGGGUCCACGUUUUCUGGUAAUAAAGUUUAUUUUAAAAUAGACCUAGAUACAGAAGACACUCCUUCGAAUUACCAUAUUAUAUUUCUAUACGGAUUAGUAUUUGGAGUGAUCGUCGAUUAUGCGAAUCCAUUGUGAUAGAGUAUUUUUAGUCUCUAGCUUUUUCAGAGGCGUGUUUUUCUCUAGUGUUUAGACAGAUACUAAACAUUUAAGCCUUUGGAGCAACAGUCCGCAGUCACACAGCAACUAUGUUUGUUUGUUUGAUAAGAGAGAGAAAGAGAGAGAGAGAGAGAGAGAGA